UUAGUGUUAUUUGACUCGGGUGUGAGUAGGUCCUUUGUGUCCUUAGCCUUUAGCCAGCAUAUCGGCGUUAGUCGUGAGUCGUUGAGUCGACCUUUGAGAGUUUCUAUAGCUGACGAGAAGGUGAUUUGUGCUACGGAGGUUCUUCGGGGAUGUGUACUAGAGAUUUUCGGGAUUGGAUUCCCAAUUGAUCUGAUUCCUAUCGUGAUGGGGGAUGUCUGUGUCAUCGUGGGCAUGGACUGGCUGAGCUGGUUCGGCGCUGUCAUCGACUGUGAGCGUCAGUUGGUGACUAUACGAGACCCCAGAGGGGGAGUCCUUUCGGUGUACGGCGAGGGUACCCGUUCGGGAUCAGCUUUUUGUUCGGCCGCUAGGGCGAGGCAGUGUCUACAGCAGGGCUGUAAGGGUUUUGUGGCGUAUGUGAUGGAUACGCGGGAGGUUUCCGAGAGACCGAAGUCAGUUAAGGAGGUCCCUGUGGUGCGUGAGUUUUCAGAUGUUUUUCCCGAGGAACUGCCGGGAGUACCUCCUGUGAGGCAAGUAGAGUUUGGUAUCGAUCUGGUUCCGGGGGCCGCGCCUAUUGCUAAAGUGCCCUAUCGUCUUGCACCUCCGGAGAUGCAAGAGUUGUCCUCGCAACUCCAGGAGUUGCUGGGAAAGGGAUUCAUUCGGCCGAGCAGCUCGCCUUGGGGAGCACCUAUUCUGUUCGUCAAGAAGAAGGAUGGUUCACACCGGAUGUGCAUUGAUUACCGGGAGUUGAACAAGCUAACGGUCAAGAACCGUUACCCGUUGCCGAGGAUCGAUGAUUUAUUCGAUCAGUUGCAGGGAGCAUCUUGGUUUUCCAAGAUCGAUCUGAGGUCAGGUUACCAUCAGGUGAGAGUACGGGAUGAAGACGUCCAGAAGACAGCGUUUAGGACGCGAUAUGGGCAUUAUGAGUUUGUGGUGAUGCCUUUUGGACUCACCAAUGCCCCGGCUGUGUUCAUGGAUCUCAUGAACAGGGUAUGCAGGCCGAUGUUGGAUCGGUCGGUGAUCGUAUUUAUCGACGACAUUCUGGUAUUGAGGUCGGAGAAACUUUAUGCAAAGUUCUCCAAAUGUGAAUUCUGGUUGCGGGAGGUCCAGUUUCUAGGACAUGUAGUCAAUCAGAAAGGGAUAUUGGUCGAUCCGGCCAAGGUUGAGGCGGUGAUGAGUUGGGAGGUGCCGAAGUCACCCUCUGAGAUCAGAAGUUUCCUUGGGUUGGCAGGGUAUUAUCGGAGAUUUAUCAAGGAUUUCUCCAAGAUCGCGGUGCCACUCACCAGAUUGACCCGGAAGGGUGUUACGUUCUCAUGGGGGCCCGAGCAGCAGACCUCCUUUGAGACACUUCGCCAAAGAUUGUGCGAAGCCCCGAUAUUAGCUCUUCCAGAAGGGAUGGAAGAUUUCGUGGUAUAUUGCGACGCAUCGAUUUCGGGAUUGGGUGCAGUGUUGAUGCAGAGGGGUCAUGUGAUAGCUUACGCGUCGAGGCAGCUGAAGCCUCAUGAGGCGAGAUAUCCCACGCAUGAUUUAGAGUUGGGGGCAGUAGUGUUCGCUCUCAAGAUUUGGCGUCACUACUUGUAUGGGGUUCGAUGUACGAUAUACACGGACCAUAAGAGUUUGAAGUAUUUGAUGGAUCAACCCAACCUAAAUAUGCGUCAGAGGAGGUGGUUGGAUGUGGUCAAGGAUUAUGAUUGUGAGAUCCUGUACCACCCAGGCAAGGCUAAUGUGGUAGCCGAUGCAUUGAGCCGCGAAGAGGCUCAUAAAUCGAAAUUCUCGAUCCAUCCCGGUGCUACAAAGAUGUAUUUGGAUUUAAGGAAGGAAUAUUGGUGGCCCUGUAUGAAGAGGGACGUGGCAUGGUUCGUUGAGAGGUGCUUGACCUGCCGUAAGGUUAAAGCUGAGCACCAGAGACCGCAUGGCAAGUUACAGCCAUUGGAGAUCCCCGAGUGGAAGUGGGAACAGAUCACUAUGGAUUUUAUCACCAAAUUGCCAAGGACUGCUAGGGGAGUAGACGCAAUUUGGGUGAUUGUGGAUAGGUUGACGAAGAGUGCACACUUCCUUGCCAUCAGUGAGAGUUCUUCAGCGGAAAAGUUAGCGGAGAUAUACGUGAAAGAGGUGGUAUCUCGGCACGGAGUGCCGAUCUCGAUUGUGUCAGACCGCGAUGUGCGCUUCACUUCCAGGUUCUGGAAGAAAUUCCAUGAGGAGCUGGGUACUAAGUUGCAUUUUAGUACCGCAUACCAUCCCCAGACAGACGGUCAGAGCGAGCGGACAAUUCAGACACUGGAGGACAUGCUCCGAGCGUGUGUGUUAGACUUCGGGGGUAGUUGGGAUGCGUAUUUACCAUUGGCGGAGUUUUCCUACAACAACAGCCAUCAUUCGAGCAUUGGUAUGCCGCCUUUCGAGCUGUUGUAUGGUAGGAGAUGUCGGACUCCCAUUUGCUGGGGAGAGGUGGGACAGAGAGUGAUGGGCAGCACGGAGAUCAUACUCCAGACGACAGAGCAGAUUCAACAAGUGAGACAAAGAUUAUUGACUGCCCAGAGCCGACAGAAGAGUUAUGCAGACAGGCGCCGAUCCGAGCUUGAAUUUCAAGUCGGCGACUUCGUUCUCCUGAAGGUCUCUCCUUGGAAAGGAGUGAUUCGAUUCAGGAAGAGGGGCAAAUUGGGGCCCCGGUACAUUGGGCCAUUUCGUGUGGUUGCCAGGGUAGGCCGGGUAGCCUAUCGGUUGGAGUUGCCAGCGGAGUUGGGUCAGAUCCAUGACACUUUUCAUGUAUCGCAGUUGAGGAAGUGCAUAGCCGAUGAGUCGGCAGUGGUUCCAUUGGAGGAUAUUCAGGUGGAUGCGAGCCUGAAUUACGCGGAGAGACCAGUGGCGAUCAGGGAUCGGAAGAUCAAGGUUCUGAGGAACAAAGAAGUACCUCUGGUGUUGGUUCAAUGGCAACACCGUAAGGGAUCAGAAAUGACUUGGGAACCGGAGCGCGAAAUGCGGGAGCAGCAUCCGGAA